UCCCCGCUUCCGCUUUUCUCAUAACUAUCCCCACAUCCUCGUACGACGCCCUUCUCCCCAUCUCCCCAACCCCCCCAUCACUUCCGCCAUCCCCGCCGGAAAUGAAGUACAACCCAAGAGUCUCCAGCUCACGCCGGAAGAGCCGGAAGGCCCACUUCACUGCUCCCUCAAGCGUGCGCCGAGUGAUCAUGAGCGCGGCUCUCUCAGCCGAUCUCCGCAACAAGUACAACGUCCGCUCCAUCCCCGUCCGCAAGGACGACGAAGUCCAUGUCGUCCGUGGCACCUAUAAAGGCCGGGAGGGCAAAGUCGUCCAAGUAUACAGAAAGAAAUGGGUCAUCCACAUCGAGCGGAUUACCCGGGAGAAAGUCAACGGGUCUACGGUCAACGUCGGAAUCCACCCCUCCAAUGUUGUGGUGACCAAGCUUAAGCUGGAUAAGGACCGUAAGGAUUUGCUGGACAGGAAAGCUAAGGGGAGGGCUGCUGAUAAGGCUAAGGGGAAAUUCACUGUGGAUGACGUCGCUGCUGCUGCUGCACCCUCUCUUCAAAACAUCGAUUAAAAGGGAUUGUUUCUCUUUUUUGGUGCCUUAAAUUUUUGAAUUUUGUAUUUUCAGCAUUGUUGUCUUUCAUCAAUGGAAAGAGUGUUUUUAUUAAAUUGGGAUGCGUUUGUUCUCAAUUUUGUACUAUUUCGUUUCUAUAGCAGGAUUUAACCAGAAGAUACAAUGAGUAUUUCACGAUUAACGUAA